AUGCCGCUGAGCAAUUUGAAAGCCGAGGAGGCGAAAGAAGCGACAUGGGAAGCCGGGCGUGGUGCGGUGAUAGGAUACAUCCAAAUGUCUGCCAUGAUCAUGGGUGGCAUGUUGGAGGCGGACAACCGAAUGAGGAUGUAUGAGCAGAGGAUACGGCUGCAAAACCGGAGGCUGCGGGAGCAGGCAAAGUGGGAGAGGUACGAACAAGAGUUUUUAGAGCAGAAGAGCGAAAAGUAG